CCGCAACCGCAACCGCAACCGCAACCGCAACCGCAACCGGCACCCCAAUGCGCCUGGGAACUACGCUGAAAAUUUCCUGGCGGUAGUAAGGUUGAGAAUGCCGUGAGCGUCAGCUAACAACAUAGUUUCGCAAUAGCAGCUGCCGCGGCGUCAUGAGGCUGGUUCUCGCCUUGCGCCGCCUGUCUUCUCGCGCAGAAGCAUCUUGGUGCCAUGCUCCACUGCCGAGUCCCUUGCGCGGCGCGCUCCGGCCCUCCCGGGCGUCCUUGCUUACUGUUGUCUCUCGAAGCGCCGCGCACUCCCGACCUCGAUCAUGGCCUCCUGGGCGUGUCACGUCCCGGACACUGAUGGCAGCCGCCAAUAUCGCAUUGGCGGCUGCCGCUUUCGUUGAACUUUCUGAGAAGGAAAAUACGGGCCCCGAAGAGACGACCGAGAAGCGCAUGCUUCAGGUCUCGCGGGAGGAGAUUAGGAAGACGGUUCGCGACAGUGACACUGGGUUGACCCGGGCUCGGCACCAGGUCGUGCUGUUUCUAGACCUUUACAUAUGGGAACCAAUCUGCACCGGCAUCCGCUUCUUGCAGCUAGCCGCCAUAUUUGUGCCUGUCAUACUCACGGUGCCGGCCAUUUGGAUUGGCAGGCGUCAGCCGUCGCGCGAAAAUGAACGAUCGGGGACGCUGUGGUGGUAUGGAUUUCUAGUCAAGGCGAUGGAGUGGGCAGGCCCAGCCUUCAUCAAACUUGGCCAAUGGGCUGCCUCGAGGUCCGACAUAUUCCCUACCGAGCUAUGUGAAAUCAUGUCAAAGCUGCACGCAGACGCCCCGGCACACUCUCUGCAUGCCACGAAGCGCAUCGUUCGAGCCGCUUUUGACGGCCGUAAAUUUGACGAGAUAUUUGAGGAGUUUGAAGAGAGACCCCUUGGCGUUGGGGCUAUUGCCCAGGUCUACAAGGCAAAGCUCAAGCCGGGACUGGCAUCGCUUGGCGAUGUUGAUAUACUUGAUGAUGUGAACGAUCUCCGCCACAACGUCCGGAGGAAUGUUGAGUCGGUCCUCAAGAGCACUCCGAAAAGGGUUCCUUCGUCAUAUGUCGCUAUCAAGGUACUUCAUCCCGGAGUUGAACGAAUAGUGAGGCGAGACCUUCGCAUCAUGCGGUUUUUUGCCUCUUUGCUCAACGCAAUACCGACUAUGGAGUGGCUCUCACUUCCCGACGAAGUUGACCAGUUUGGGGAGAUGAUGAAGCUGCAGCUCGACCUCCGCAUCGAGGCAGCCAAUUUGUCACUCUUUCGCAAGAACUUCAAGGAUAGAACAACCGCUUGGUUUCCCUUUCCUCAUACCGAAUUCAGCACUCGGAACGUGCUUGUGGAGGAGUUCGCUCACGGCAUCCCUCUGGCCGAUUUCAUGGCGAAUGGCGGAGGCCCUUUCCAGCAAGACAUCGCCUCCGAAGGUCUUGACGCUUUUCUCCGCAUGCUUCUGUUGGAUAACUUUGUGCACGCCGACUUACAUCCUGGGAACAUCAUGGUACGGUUCUACCAGUCUGAGCAGCCCAGCCUGAAUCUCCGCUUACGCGGCAAGCGCGAAAGCCCGCCACCAGAACAGCAGGCAGAUGUGACUGAGGAAGUCCUCUCUCGGCUGCGUCCAUACCGCGGCAAAAAAGAGCUUUGGGCGGCUGAGCUGGCCAAGAUCGACCACGAGGGUUUUCGUCCCCAGUUGAUUUUCAUUGACACGGGGCUCGUAACAGAACUCAAUGCCACCAACAGACGGAACUUCUUAGACCUUUUCCGCGCCGUCGCCGAGUUUGAUGGCUACAAGGCGGGCCAUCUCAUGUGCGAGCGGUGUCGACAGCCGGAUGCCGUCCUCGACGAAGAGGUAUUCUCCUUAAAGAUGCAGCAUCUCGUUUUAGGAGUAAAGAGCCAAACGCUUGCUCUCGGGAAUAUUAAGAUCGCCGAUAUUUUACAACAGGUUCUAGGUAUGGUGCGACAGCAUCAUGUCCGUAUGGAAGGAGACUUUGUCAACGUGGUCAUCAGCAUCUUCCUGCUCGAGGGGAUUGGACGCAGUCUAGAUCCAGAUGUCGAUCUGCUGAGCAGCUCCCUUCCGAUACUGAGGCAGCUCGGCGCACAGAGCGGUAAAGACAUGGUCAGGGAGGGCGAUUUCUCCAUGCUGAUGGUCUGGGUUGGCCUCGAAACAAGACGAUUUAUGCAAGCCAGCAUUGAAGAUGUCGAACGCUGCGUCAAGUACGAUCUCCUGGCUCCGAAUGUAUAGUUGUGUGAUGUGUACCUAGCCUGGCUGCACGUUAUUUGACUACAGAGGGUGAGAACGAUGUAGCAUGGGAUUCUGUGGAUUCUUUCACAACAGACUAAUAAGCACUGAAAGCCCGCGGUUCAGUUUAGUACCUAGAACGGCCAAACACGCGCAUUCCGGAGAAUUGGGUUGGGUAUAUUGCAAAACUCGCAUAAUUUGUUUUCCUAUUUUGGAGUAUCUAGGUGGGUAGGUAUGUAGGUAGAUAUCAUUAAUGCAUUAGAGAGCGGCCUCUUCAAUUUUAUUCUA